GCCGCCAGUCCGCGCCCGCGCGAGGCCACGCCCUCAGAACGAGCUCGACGCGUCGAAUCCGUCCUCGUCGGCGUCGCGACGCGCGAUCGGCCGCGGACGCGCGCGCGCGAUCCGAUCGCGCGCGGAGCCGCCCGCCCGCGUCGUCCUCUCAUCGGACACCUCGCCUUCUUCUUCAAACGCGACGAAGAAGAAGAGGGAAGCGCGCGCCGCGAUGCCCGGCGACGGCGAGACCGCGGUGACGGUGGACCCGCCGAAGCAGGAGGACGCGCCAUCGGCGUCCGCGCCACCGAAGGAGAAGAAGGAGCGAGAGCCGCGCCUGUGGGAGGAGUGGCCGGGGAAGGACAGAUUCUUCUGCGACGGACGAUGCAUGACCGGCCCCUCCCCCGGCGCGCUCCUCGGCACGACGCUCACGAUCUCGAUCCCCGUGAUCCUCUUCCUCGCGUUCGUCGUCCCGGACGUCGCGUCCGAGCACGGGGCCGCGAUCUGGGUCUUCGCCGUCCUCCUCCCGGCGUGGAGCGUCACGAACCUCGUGAUCACUGGCACGAGCGAUCCGGGGUACCUGCCGCGGCUUCCGCACCCGGGUCCGACCCCGGACGGGCGCGCGCGGCCGCGUUACCGCGAGGAGAUCGUGGAGGGGACGGGCAAGGCUGUCACCGUGAAGUGGAACGACACGUGUAACUUUUACCAGCCGCCGCGCGCGCACCACUGCUCGGUGAACGACGACUGCGUGGAUAAGUUCGACCACCACUGCCCGUGGGUCGGGACCACGAUCGGGGGGAGGAACUACCGGACGUUUCUGUUCUUCGUGUUCGGGACGCUGUUGAUGUGUGUCUAUGUCGUUUGCGUGUGCGCGUUGCAGAUUCAGAUCAAGCGCGACGACUUGGCGGCGGGGACGGAGAACAGGACGACGAAGGCGAUCGAGAAGGCGCCCGUGGCGAUGCUCGUGAUGAUCUUCGCGUUCGUGUUCUUUUGGUUCUUAGGGAUAAUGACGUGCUUCCACGCGUACUUGGUGCUCACGAACCAGACGACGUACGAGAGCUUCAGGGACGGGUACGGCAAGGACGAGAACCCGUACUGGCGCGGCCGGCUGGGGAACUGCGCCGAGGCGUUUUGUUGGCGGCGGCCGCCGAGCCGGUUUAACUUUCGAGGGACGAAGGAUCAGCAGCCCAAGCUUGACGACGCGUGGGUCGCGCACUUGCAAGGGAGCGUCGUGCCGCUGCCGCCGCGCGUGGACCGGAAGAAGAAGAAGACGGCGAAGGGCAGGGCGGAGGAGCACGCGGAGGGCGGCGGCGACGACGGGAGCGACGGGAGCGACGAAGGGGAGGAGGGGAGAGGCGAACGGCGCGGCGCGGGGUCGCACCUCGCCGAGCUCGCGGCGAUCAAGCUCGAGGAGAAGACGGCGGCGGGCGGCGCGGACGGGGAGGACGCGGACGACGAGAGCGGGUACGACGCGGAGGCGGAGAACAAGGUGUGA